AAAUCACUAAGAGACAUACUCAAGGUCCACAGGGAAUCUCUUAAUCUAUGAGGAGGGAAGUCAUUUAUGAGCAGCGCUGGACUUUCAUUCAUAUGACAAUGUUGGUGCGGAUAUUACUACUCACUGUGGGUGUGUCUGGACUGUCCUGGGGUCAGCGGACUGAACCCAUGUUUGCCUCAGUAACUCAGAGUGUUUUCCCUCCGGACUAUGAGAAUAACCCCACGCAGCUCAACUACGGCGUGGCUGUCACUGAUGUGGAUGGAGACGGAGAUCUGGAGAUGUUUGUGUCAGGCUACAAUGGCCCAAAUCUGGUGUUAAAGUAUGACAAGUUUAAGAAGAGGCUUGUUAACAUUGCAGUUGACAACCGCAGUUCUCCAUAUUACGCACUCAGAGAUCGUCACGGCAAUGCCAUCGGAGUGACAGCAUGUGACAUAGAUGGUGAUGGCAGGGAGGAAAUUUACGUCCUUAACACUAAUAACGCCUUCUCAGGUAGAGCAACAUACACUGACAAGCUCUUUAAGUUUCGUAAUGGAAGGUUUGAGGAUCUCCUCAACGAUGACAUAAAUGAACACAGAGACGUUGCCAAUCGUGUGGCUGGCCGGUCAGUCGCAUGUGUGGACAGAAAGGGAACAGGUCGUUAUUCCAUCUACAUUGCCAAUUAUGCCAGCGGGACUGUAGGUCCUCAUGCUCUGAUUGAAAUGGAUGAAAGUUCAAGUGACCCGUCCAAGGGAAUCAUUGCGCUGUCAAACGUGGCCGAGCAGGCCGGAGUCAACAAGUUCACAGGGGGACGGGGGGUCGUGGUCGGUCCGAUCCUCAGUCAGACCCUACCUGAUAUAUUCUGUGACAAUGAGUACAGCCCUAACUUCCUGUUUCGCAACAACGGAGAUGGUACAUUUACAGAUGUGGCGGCACAAGCCGGGGUCGAUGACCCAAUGCAGCAUGGCCGUGGAGUGGCGUUAGCCGAUUUUAAUCGAGAUGGGAAGACAGACAUUGUCUAUGGAAACUGGAAUGGGCCUCAUCGUCUGUUCCUACAGCUCAGCAACAAUCGCAAGCAAAGGUUUAAGGACAUUGCCACACAGAAGUUUUCCAUGCCGUCUCCUGUUCGCACUGUCAUCGUAGCUGAUUUUGAUAAUGACAAUGAACUGGAGGUUUUUUUCAACAACAUUGCCUACAGAGGACCAUCAGCCAACAGACUGUUCAGAGUUUCUCGGAGAGAACAUGGAGAUCCACAAAUCGAGGAGCUGAACGUCGGGGAGGCAGCGGAACCAGAGGGACGGGGAACCGGAGCAGCUGUGACUGAUUUUGAUGGAGAUGGACAGCUGGAUCUUCUGGUGACACAUGGGGAAAGUGCAGCUCAACCCAUUUCUUUGUAUCGAGUCACUCAGGGCUCAUCUAAUAAAUGGCUCCGUGUGAUUCCACGCACACAGUUUGGGGCUUUUGCUCGUGGGGCAAAGGUGAUCGUCUACACUAAGAGAAACGGCCCUCACACACGUAUUAUAGACGGAGGAUCGGGGUACUUGUGCGAGAUGGAGCCAGUGGCUCACUUUGGACUCGGGAAAGAUGUGGCCACCAGUGUGGAAGUCUUCUGGCCAGAUGGACGUUCUGUGGCUAGGCCUCUGGAGCCCAGUGAUAUGAACAAAGUGAUGGAGAUCUAUUACCCAGAGAAUGAGGAGGAGGCGACCCCAGCACUGGAGAUCGAGUGUGGACCAGGAUUUGAGGUCAAUGAAAACGGCCGUUGCACUGACCGAGACGAGUGCACACAGUUCCCGUCUGUCUGUCCCUCUGAGCGACCCGUUUGCACGAACACCUACGGGAGCUUCAAGUGCCGUGCAAACAAGAGGUGUAACCAGGGAUACGAGCCUAAUGAUGAAGGGACAGCAUGUGUAGCUCAGGUGGCUUAUUUUGGAGGAAACAAGUCCUCGGCCUCCAAACUCUUGGAGUCCCGUCUUUGGCCUCUCAUACUAACUCUCCUUGCUAUCUUUACUGCUUGCUUGGAGGCAUAAAGGGCAGUGCCUCCCCUCUCCUGACAUCUUUGCCACCCUGCUUGGUCUCAGAUUCUCUGCUUUCUUUUCGUUUUCGCACUGAGGUGUUUGGGAGUCAGCUGUAAAAUGAACUCUCCAUGGACCUGUCACUCCUGCAAUGUCGUCACUAACAGACAUGUAUAAAUAAUGCUCCGCUUUCCAUUUGGGAACCACAAAAGAUCCCUGUUUUUAGGACAGAACAAACAUUCUCACUCCAUCUAGACUGAGGAAAACUCAUUGACCUUCAUGUUCGUCAACUGUGAUGUGGGAUAAGAUAGUAAUUGUAGUGAUCUUUAUAAAAGGCCAUGUCCCAGCGUGUUACAGGCACAUAAACAGGCGAUGAUGAGUUCUAGCGCAUAAAGUCUCACGUGGACAGCAGCGUGUUAGCAGGUUUUUCAGGAGAGCAUAUGCCCAGCCAUCUGUUUCACACAAGGUUACAGUCCUUGUGCUCUAAAUAAUACAUUCACAUGAGAUUUGUACUGUACACUUUUGACCCUCACCAGUACUCGCGACUGCCCUCGGGAUUGGUGCAUGUUUUUGGCAUGGAUGAGUGUCACAAUACACAGUUUCAUUUAGCAAAAUGUUGUUCAGAUUUAUACACAUGGGAUUUCACUGCAAAAACAUAGACCCAGACCUUGUCAUGAGGUAAAACUUUUAUUAUUUUUAAUUUAAUUAUACUAUUAUAUACUUUGUCAGGUUCAAGUAUACUCUUAAAAAUAAAGGUUCCAAAAGGGUUUUUUUUUUAAUAAUCAUUUUAAUAAACAUUUUAAUAAUCUAAAGAACCAUUUUCUACUUUAAAGAACCUAUUGUGGAAUGGAAAGAUUCAAUGGAUUUUAAAGGUUCUUUAUGGAAACAUCAAUGCCAAUAAAUAACCUUUAUAUUUAUGAAUUUACUACAGUAUGGCAAGAUUUCAUUUGAGUUUUGGUUGUUGCUUUGUUUUUAUUUUAUAUUUUACGCUAUAUUUUUAUUUUAUUUUAUUUUAUUUUAUUUUAUUUUAUUUUAUUUUAUUUUAUUUCAUUUAUACCAUUACCAUAGCCAGAAAAUUAUUUUGUAUUUUAAAGUUAUAAUAUUUUAAAGCUCAAUACAGUAAUUUUCUGUAAAGAUAUCUUUUCCAGUGUCCAUGGCCAAUGUCCAAACAGGGAAAACAAACAAACAAACAAACAAAAACACCUGGAAUUUCUGUGCAAUAUUACAAGCCAAAUAUUAGUUUUCUGUGGGAAAUAGGUGGAAGUUUAAAGAAAUAGUUCACACAAACAUGAAAAUUGUCAUUACUCAUCUUCGUUUUGUUUCAAACCUGUAUACUUUUAUUUAUUUAUUUUUUUUUGUAGAAGAUCUUCACACAGCGUUUGUCUUUCAUACAAUGACAUAGUGACCAUGCCUGUGUCCAGAAAGCUAAAAAAGGAUCCCCAAACCCAUAAAAAUACCAUAAAACAGUCUGCUUGUUGAUAGUCCAUACAGUCUUCCUAGGCCAUAUGAUGGUUUUGUCUUCUUAAAAUUGAGGUUAAACCACUGGAGUCACAUGGAUUACUUUAAUGAUGUCUUUCCUACCUUUCUGGACCUUGAAAGUGGUAGUUGUGUUGGAUCUCUAUGGAGGGACAGAAAGCUCUCAGAUUUCAUUAAAAAAAUCUUCAUUUGUGUUCCGAAGAUGAACAAAGGUCUUACGGAUGUGGAACGACACAAGGGUGAGUAAUAAAUGACAGAAUCAUUUUUGGGUGAACUAACCCUUUAAGAAGUUUGCAAAGAUAGUACACAAGUCAUAUGGACCACCUUUAUGGUGUUUGGUUUUGAGUAAAUAUAUGGUAGAAUUUUAUUUUUAGAUGAACUAACCCUUCACUGGCAGUGGUUUUGAAUUUCCUUCUUAUUCUAAAAUGGUAGGCUCAGUAGUAAAUGCACCACUAGAUGUUAAUUUUUUUAUUCAUUUUUAUAAAUUGAUUUAAUUUUGCCUUUUCAACCCUAGUUAUAUUACAGCAUAUUACAGAAUAGAAUAUUACCCUAUAAUAUUACAGAUUCCUAUGCAGAAGAUUCACCAAAGGUUAAUGAACCAUGUGUGGUUCAAUGAAAAGGCAUUUUAAAAUGAAGUGCAAGCUCCGUUUGCAGAUUCAUUAGCUUUGGAUGUAAAUAUUGCUAUUUCCUAGAGAAUGCCCUUUACUGAAAUGAGACUGCUUAGACACAAUCGUCGAUUUUGAUUUCUGUUGCUACAGAGUUCAGAAUCCACAUUCGUUGCAUUUUUUAAACAUUGUAUGCUGUCAUAACUGGACUCAAUGCUUUUGAACAGCCGCCCAAGUAACAUUUGAUAUGAAUCCACUGUGGUCUGUGAUGGAGGUGUUAAAUAACUUCUGAACUGACUCAUGAUGUGUGCAUUGGCUAAAGACCCUUCAGUCUCUGGGGGAGAAUAGAUUCUCUUUAUUUUAUUACACUGUUGUAAUGUUCCAUGUCGAGACUCAGGCGGAACAUGGAGAGAAUGUCAGAUCUCAUAUGAGCUGACAGAUGCCACCUAUAAUUAUUAUUGAAAUGAUAAUGAUCUGUAGUUACAGAGCAGAUGAAAUCAAGCUCACCUCAGCGUCAUGGUUACAAGGAAAGGCACAAUGUAGAAUCUCAAGAAAUGCAUGUCAUGUUAAAGGGAUAUGUGAAACUAUGAUCUGUCUUCAUAUUUUCUGCCAAAGCAAAUUCUGUUGAAAAUACCAGCAUGAAUUUCUAUGCUAGUCCAGACUGGUUAGAGCGGCUUAACCAGCGUGAUUUGGUUAAGUUAGUUAAGAAGCCUGGUGGGCAGACCAGCAUGCAAAACACAGCAUACACUGAUGUUUUCAACAGUACUGAUCAGAUUAUAUGAUGAGCUGCACCUGAUGAUGAUGUCAUCUGUACUUUUAUGUAGAAAAGGUUUAUAUGGAAAUGGCACGCAAGUCUAUUACUUUCAGAGAAAAGAUGGCAAUGUUGACUUAAAAACAGGUUUGAUCCAGUACUUUGGUAUUUGAAUGAAUAGUUGCUCCUUUCUUUUGCAGAAAUCACUAUAAUUUGGGAUCCAUGUGUAAAAUAAAGUCAAUACCUUUUUCUGUCUUGGUGUUUGUCUUGGUUUUUGUCACGGCAAUGUUCAACAUCCAUGAGCCUCCCAGACUGAUAUAGAAACCUGUUUCUACCUUAAAGUAAAAAAAAAAAUACAAAGCUAGAUUUCUCUGUAAAGCAUAAUCUUUGUAACUUUCAUUGAGAGUAUUAAAUAACAUUACUACAUUAAAUACUUAGUGGCUUAUAAGUUAUUCAUUUCAAAAUGACUUACUAGGUAAAAAUGAACCAUCAUUUUAUAUAAGAUUUUGUGGUAACACUUUAGUAUAGAGAACACAUAUUCACUAUUAACUACGACUUUUCUCUCAAUAAACUCCUAAUUUAUUGCUUAUUAAUAGUUAGUAAGGUAGUUAAGGUUAGGUAUUGGGUAGGAUUAAGAAUGUAGGUUGUGCAGAAUAAGACAUUAAUAUGUGCUUAAUAAGUACUAACAGCCAAUAUUCUAGUAAUAUGCAUGCUAAUAAGCAAAAUACCCUAAAAUAAAGUGUUACCGAUUUUGUUUGUUUGUUGAGAAAUUAGUACUUUUAUUCAGUAAGCAUGCAUGGUAACACUUUAGUAUAGGGAACAUGUAUUCACUAUUAACUACGACUUUUCCCUCAAUAAACUCCUAAUUUACUGCUUAUUAAUAGUUAGUAAGGUAGUUAAGUUUAGGAUUAAGAAGGAUUAAGGUAGGAUUAAGAAUGUAGAAUAAGGUCAUGCAGAAUAAGGCAUUAAUAUGUGCUUAUUAAUUACUAAUAAGCAGCUAAUAUUCUAGUAAUAUGCAUGCUAAUAAGCAACUAGUUAAAAUACCCUAAAAUAAAGUGUUACCCAUGCAUUAAUUUGAUCAAAAGUUAUGGUUAAAGACUUACAUUGAUAUAAAAAUGAAUGUUUCAAACAAAUUAUGCUCUUUUGAUUUCUCAAAGAGUCCUGAAAAAACAUUUUUAUUACAUUUCCACAAAAAUAUUAAGCAGCACAACUGCUUUUAACAUUGAUAAUAAUCAGAAAUGUUUCUUGAGCAGCAAAUCAGCAUAUUAGAAUGAUUUCUGAAGGAUCAUGUGACACUGAAGAUGGGAAAAAUGACUUGUGAAAAUUCAGCCUUGCUAUCACAGGAAUAAAUUACAUUUUAAAAUAGAAAAUAGUUAUUUUAACUGGGAAUAAAAUGUCACAAUAUUACUGAUUUUACUGUGUGCUUGCUUAUGAUUAGCAUAAAAGACUUAUUUCAAAAACAAAAUCAUACCGACCCCAAACUGGUAUGAAUCCUAAUCUACAAACCCCAUGAAGUGGGGACUGCUGGUUGUAUUUGUAAUGAUUCUCACAAAACCAUCUAUUUUUAACAAAACAAAUAUAUACAUUCAUGAACCGAGUAGUUUAAAUGUUUAUUCAGUGCCUCAUCAUCUCCAAAGCAAACACAAACUCCAGCAGGUGUAUGGAGGGGUAACUUUGAAGAGAGAAGGUCUGUGUCUCAGACAGCGCUGGGUACGUUGGGUUACCCGAGGCUGUUACAGCUAUCUUUCUUGUAAAGGGCUCGCUCAGGUUUUCAGGACAUAUUUCAGAUUUUCAGACUCCAAGUUAGCCCAAGAGAUAAAUACUGUAGAUAAAGAAAGAGAAUUAAAAAAACUGAAAACUGGAGCGAGAUCAAAUCUCAGGAGAGGAAAGCAAACAGUCCUAGUCUGUUGAGAUCGCUGUGUGUUUGUUGUCUUUGAAUGCAACAUUGGAUUCCAAAGGCUGGGUCUGGGUUUAAAAGGGUGAAGGGUAAGGCGGGCGGCACUGGGCCUUAGUCUCAUGGUUCAGUACUAGCGGAACGUACUCGCUCACACCACUGACGUACCUGUUUAUCCAGGUGCUCUCCUCUUGCCAUUACUGGGCGACCAGCCAGCAAGGUAGAUGAGAAACGUGGUACCAGAUACUACACUGAAAGACAUCUCACUCAGGUCAGCUUCUCAUCGGGAUGAUUUUUAUGUCUUUUCCAUUUAUUAAAGGUACUAGCCAUAUCAUCAUGGUUUCAUGAGAAGUGAGAAUGACCUUACCAUGAAUACAUCUCUGUCUUUUUCACAUUGUGAGACCUGGUUUUAAGACAGUAAUGAAAAGUAUGGUUUUGUGAGACUAGUGAAAGUGAGUCAUCUAUAACUGAAUGGGUAUGGCCCUUCAAUUUCAGUGAAAAGCUGUUAGGGAAUACUAACUCUCUAUAUUCAUAUAAUUCAUAUAGCCAUGUUAUGAUAUUAAAUGUUUAAAAGCACAUAUGGGUCUGUUGUUUGAGUGCCCAUAUACUUGAUGGCUUUGGUGAAAGCAAGAAUAGAGUCAAAUUCAAAUUCAAAUCUAUUAUUAAUCUCCUGACCAGUUCUUCGGUUCUCUCUCACUGUUCUCUCCUGCUUCAAUACUGUGCUGUGCUGAUAAACUAUUGAUGGGGUUGAAAAAGAGCGGAGCACUUAGAUGUUGAAGAGAACGGGAUUCAAAUUGGUGCUGAUAGCUUGCAUUCUAGAUGUAGGAAUACUGUAGCUCAGUUUGGGAGGUCUGAACAUCACUGACUGCCAUUGUUUGCUGUCAUUGGCAUUCCUCACAUAGCAAAUAGGCCAAACCAAAAUGGCUCCUUCUCAUAAAUGAAGCACUUGAGGACACUUGGCUAUGAUGGAUUAAAGAAUUAAAACUUUUGGACUUUUUAUUCUACUCUCUGAUCUGGGUUGAUUUGUUUGGGCAUUUAUGAAACAUCGGCUUCAAUAAAGUUCUGAACACGGAUAGUUUUGGUCAGCUUUCAAGUAAUUCUCUUGCUUGAUGUUUUUGGAUAUUAAUGAUUCAUUUUUUUAUUUUAUUUUUUGCCAAUAUUCAUAUUAUUAUCCCAUUUUACAUUAGUUAACAUGAACAUUUUGUGCAAUGUUUUCAAUUCGGCGUGGCCGAAAGAUUAUUUUUAAAUGUCAAUGAGUCAUUGAACAAGUCAACAUCUUGCUUAGAUCACCAAACAACAUGCUUUAGCAUUGAAUUAGACCCUUACUGAGGAAAUAUUUCAAGGCAGCGGCUAUUUGCACUAAGUGCAAAUAGCAAUAGAUGCUAUUUACACUGUGUGCAAAUAGUGAUAGAUACUGUUUACACUAAGUGAAAAUAGCAAUAUAUUCAAUAUACACUAUGUGAAAAUAGCGAUAGAUUCUAUUUACAGCAUGUAAAAGUACAAACUGGGUUUGUACUUUUACAUGCUGUACAAAGUACAAAAUGUUGGGACGUUUUUUAAAUUUGAAUAAAAUGAAAACUAAAAGACUUUCAAAUCACAUGAGCCAAUAUAUUAUUCACAAUAGAACAUAGAUAACACAUAGAUAACUAAAUGAGCUCAUUUCAGGUUUGAUGCCUGCUACAGGUCUCAAAAAAGUUGGCACGGGAAACAAAUGGCUGAAAAACCAAGAAAUUUUUUAAAAGAUUCAGCUGGGAGAACAUCUAGCAACUAAUUAAGUUAAUUGAUAUCAGGUCUUAGAGAGGCAGAGUCUCUCAGAAGUAACGAUGGGCAGAGCUGUGAAAGAGUGCAUAAAAAGAUUGUGGAAUACUUUAAAAACAAUGUUCCUCAACAUCAAAUUGCAAAGGCUUUGCAAAUCUCAUCAUCUACAGUGCAUAGCAUCAUCAAAAGAUUCAGAGAAACUGGAGAACGACACUGCAUCACUCAUCGGCAUGUGCACUCAUUGACAUUGCUAAAUGGGCCCAGGAAUACUUCCAGAAGCCACUGUCGGUAAACACAAUCCGCCGUACCAUCUGCAGAUGCCAACUAAAGCUCUAUCAUGCAAAAAGGAAGCCAUAUCUGAACAUGAUCCAGAAGUGCCAUCGUGUCCUGUGGGCCAAGGCUAAUUUAAAAUGGACUGUUUCAAAGUGGAAAAGUGUUCUAUGGUCAGACGAGUCAAAAUUUGACAUACUUGUUGGAAAUCGCGGACGCCAUGUCCUCCGGGCUAAAGAGGAAGAAGACCUUCCAGCGUGUUAUCAGCGUUCAGUGCAAAAGCCAGCAUCUCUGAUGGUAUGGGGAUGCAUAAGUGCAUACGGUAUAGGCAGCUUGCAUGUUUUGGAAGGCACUAUGAAUGCUGAAAAGUAUUUAAAGGUUUUAGAGCAACAUAUGUUCCCCUCCAGACGACGUCUUUUUCAGGGAAGGCCUUGUGUAUGUCAGCAGGACAAUGCAAAACCACAUACUGCAGCUAUUACAACAACAUGGCUUCAUCGUAGAAGAGUCCGGGUGCUGAAUUGGCCUGCCUGCAAUCCAGAUCUUUCACCUAUAGAGAAAAAUACGUCAAAGACGACCACAAACUCUUCAGCAGCUGGAAACCUAUAUCAGGCAAGAAUGGGACCAAAUUCCAACACCAAAACUCCAGAAACUCAUAACCUCGACGCCCAGAUGUCUUCACACUGUUUUGAAAAGAAGAGGAGAUGCUACACCAUGGUAAACAUGCCCCCGUUCCAACUAUUUUGAGACCUGUAGCAGGCAUCAAAUUUGAAAUGAGCUCAUUUUGUGCCUAAAAUUGUACAAUUUCUCAGUUUAAACAUUUGUUGUUAUCUAUGUUCUAUUGUGAAUAAUAUAUUGGCUCAUGUGAUUUGAAAGUCUUUUAGUUUUCAUUUUAUUCAAAUUUAAAAAACGUCCCAACAUUUCUGGAAUUUGGGUUGUAUCAGUUCUUUGCAAUAAAAGUAAAUAGAAAUUAGAUGCUAUCUAUACUUCUUUAUUGGCAGAUACUAUUUGCAGCUCAGUACUUUUGUACAUUAACAAGAUGCAAUAAUAUCAUAGUGUGUAAAUUAUUAUAUUUAUUAAAAUUAUUAAAUGGAUGCUGCCUUAUUGGGAGAAUAAAAACACUCCCUACACCUUCCCCUAACCCUACCCAAUAAACACUUUUAAUAUUAUUAAACACUCGUUAGCAGUUUAUUUCCACAUUUAGAAUAUUAUUUUAAUUUUUAUUGAAAAUAAAUGCGAGCUCAGCAAAAGGCAGAUUUGAACUCACGUUGAUCGUGUUAAAAGUCAUGCGAGCCUUACUCACUACUGCUGCACCACUGAAGACAUUGACUUCCACACGUCCUUUUUAAAACUUGAGUGGCCCGACCAGACAUUGGUGGGCGGAGCUAGUGUAAAUAGCGUUUGCCAACAAGGUACACUAUUUGCACUUAGUGUAAAUAGACACUCCGAUAUUUCAAUGCUUUUGCGUUCUCUCUCAAAAGUUUUAAGUUCUUUGAGAAACUUUGCGUUCGCUCGCAAAGAUCGUAAAAGUUUUGCGUGCAAGUGCAAAGUUUCCUGGGGGAACACAAACAUUUUGCCAACUAACGCAAAGUUCUUGGGGGAACGUAAAACAUUUGCUAGAGAACACAAAGCAUUGACAUCAUUUUUCCUCCCAUCUCAUAUUUUUUUUUCCUUCACCAUGUCCCUUUAGGUGCUUCGUAAAUCAUUGCUAAAUAUAUCUGACAACAAAGCUUAUUGCAAAAGCACAUAUUUAGAUUCAGUGUACACUAGAUGUUACAUCCUACAACAGACACCACACAUUCAGUGCUAGUGUUUGAGGUUUAACACCAUUAGCCAAAGCCAACAAGGCCGGCUUUUGAAAGGAGA